ACACCACCACACACACAUCAUCACAAACACCACUGUCAGGAAAAAAGUUCAAAAGGAACUAAUAACUAAGAAGAAGAAGGUAAAGAAGAAGAAGACAUUCUAUUUAUCUCCCAUGCUUACAUCAAUUUCUGCAACUGGGUUCAAAGGAGGGUUGUUGGGUUCAUCCUUCCAUGGAAACUGGGGAAAAUCGGUUGCUGGUGAGAACUACUACUACACCCAGUUGCCCAAGUCAGCCCCAACCCGUGUUCGAGUUCGGAAGCCGGUACGGUUUCAGCCUGUAAUGAAGAAUGUCAAUGAAGGGAAGGGCAUCUUCGCUCCAAUUGUUGUUCUCACGCGCAAUAUCGUUGGCAGGAAACGGUUCAAUCAGCUCAGAGGCAAAGCAAUUGCUCUCCACUCCCAGGUGAUUACAGAGUUCUGCAAAUCAAUAGGAGCAGAUGCGAAACAAAGACAAGGACUAAUUCGACUAGCGAAGAAGAAUGGGGAAAGACUAGGAUUCCUUGCUUGAUGAAAAGAUUUAUGUAAUUAUAUUCCCCUGUUGUCAAUAUGAGAAUUGUCGUAAACUUGAGUUUGAGGAAUUGAAAGGUAUACUUUGCUAACUGGAAUGUAAAGUAAAAACAUACCUUGUUUUGCUGCA